AUGCCCGGCACGGAAGCCAACCUGAUCGACUAUCUUAUGGCUCGUUGGGAGGAGCCCUGUGGUCGAACCAUAGGGAAAGUUCUUCUGAAGACUGCAGUUACCUGGAUGGAGCGAGUGGCGGUCCAAAAGAGAGCACCGAGGUGUCCGGUGUUCCUCUUGGCCACCAUCGAAAGGUACGUCAUGGACGAGAGUGAGCCGGCGAUAUGGCGAGUCCUGGCCUGGUCCAAGCUGGUGAAGGUUUGGGCGUGCCUUCGUUGGGACGACUUGCAGGAGAUCAAGCCGGCAGAGCUCACCUUCGCUGAUGGAAGGCUUACAACCAUUUUUCGUAAGACAAAAACAUCAGGUCCAAAUCGUCGAGGGAAGGAGCUUCCAGUCUGCGUCGGUGAAAGGGCGUUCUUCUUGGACUGCCGUUGGUUGGGAUGGGGCUUCGAGAGCCUUAAGACCCUGGCGGCCUUCGACAGAGAUUACCUCAUCCCGCAACUGGGCGCGGCAGGCAACAGAUUCAUACGCAAAAUGGCCAUGCGGACUUUCAACGGAAGGGUAGCAAAGUUGCAGCGCCAGUUCGCGGAG